AUGAUUCGCUCCGCUUGUACGGAAAACUACGACGACAAUCUCUGUAGAUUGGAUCUUUCAUCAGAUGACAAAUUAAAUUCUGUGGCGGUAAGAAAUAAAAGUGAGAUCAGUGAAUGUAUGAGUUUUUGUGAACUUUGUGAUGAGAACGCCGCCGUGAAAUACUGCAAGGUCUGCAAGCAACUUUUCUGUCUAGACUGCCUCCAAAUGCACAACAACAUCAGAGGCAAUAUCACGCACGAUGUCGGUCCAACCAGUUGGACAACUCAAUCGAAUGUUGUCCAACACAAAGUCUGCCCUACUCAUAGCGAGGAUAUAAACCUCUACUGUCAACAGUGCCAUGUUUUUAUCUGUUCAUCUUGUUUGGGCCACGAUCACCCGCUGCAUGAGUUUUUAGAUAUCAAUGCAAAAAUUAAAACUGAAAAAAAGGAGUUAACCGCGCAAAUUUUUUUGAUACACAGCAAUUUAGAAAUCUACUCCAAAAACCUGGAAAGUUUCAGUUUGGACGAAGAUUCGGAGAAAUCGAGAAUCAUCUCAGAGUUGCAAGCGAAGGGAGAUAAGGUGAAGCAGGCUAUUGACGAUCACGUGAAAAAAUUAGUUAAAAGUGUGGAAGAAUUUUACGAGUCAGUCAACGAAGAACGUCUCACUUACCGUAGAUAUUUAGAAGAUUUAUCGCAAAGUUGUAAAGAUCGUAUCGAAUUACUAAAGAUAGCACAGAAAUCACUGACCGUAAACACCUUCUCAGGACCUGAACGUCAGGUACCGCCAAUCCCAGAAUUGUUUGGUUAUGAAUCCAAAUAUUCCAGGAUUCAUCUUUUUUAUCCAGGAACUAACAGCAGAAUUUCGGCUCCCAAAAACCUCGAUGAUGCCGUCAAAACCUUACUCAGACAUAUCGGAAAUAUGACUUUUAAAUGUGAUUUCUAA